GUGGCAGCCGUUUUCUAUCAUCCUCAACGACGCCCCGCCCUUCGAGGUGAUCGGCAGCGCUAAGGAAGUGGUGGACAUCAUGGCGGAGAAGCUUGGGUUUUGCUACACACUGGUCAGAGCUUCGGAUACGGACUGGGGCAUCGAACUCCCUGACGGAUCAUGGACCGGAUCCCUGGGCAUGCUGAACAGAGGGGAGGUGGACAUGUCAGCGUCCCUCUACACGGUGUCCCAGGCGAGGAGUCAAGCCGUGGCCUUCAGUUACCCGUUCACCGUCGACCAGUUCACCUUCGGCUACACGCGGCCCGUCCUGAGGAGCGACGAGACGGGGUUCCUCAAGCCGUUCUCCCUCCCGGUGUGGGCCCUUCAGGUGGCAACACUGGUGGUGGUGUUUGCGGCUACUUGCUUGAUUCAUCUCGGACACUCGAAGAUAAACACGUCGAGGUCAGUCUCUUUCUCUCCUCCACCUCCCAACCGUUUUGUAGUCUCUUAUAUCUUUGUUAUCCUUGUACCCUAUUCUCUUAGCUUCUUGUGGUCUCCUAAUAUCCGUAACCUCUCUAGUGGCAGCAGCGGCAGUCAAAGGGACGCCCAGCAGUCCAGCGUGUCACCACAGGAUGAGGGCCCCACGCACCUGCCCACAGCCCUGGGACGCCCCGGGAAGCUGGGUGGUGGUGGUGGUGGUGGUAGUGAGGCGGAGGACAAGGAAGUGGUGGCGGUAAUGAACCUCGCCUAA